UAUCGACCGGUUCGACCCAAAGCGAUAUGCCACGUAUGCGAAAAAAGAAGCGUGGCAUAAUGGGUACGCUAAGGAGCUUAAGCCUAACGAGAAACAAAGGAACAGAAAGUGAUUACUCGCAUCAAGGAUCGGAUUCUGAUCUAAGCAUAGCAGGGGAUAUCCGAUCCAGCAAAACUAACCUCAAAGGAAAACUAUCGGGAAUGUUUCGCCGUGGAGGCUCGUCCUCACGCACGAAUAGUACCGAAGCGAUAGAUCGAGAAAUUCAACGACCAGUCGCCACCCAAACUCUCGGCAAUGGGCCUACCGGUGUGUCAGCGCCGCAGCGACCAGUUUCUACCAGCACGCCGCAUUUAGCUAGGGCCGGAAAACCACCCACGCCUUCGAUGCAAUCGGUACAGCGGAAACGGUUAAGCGCCAACCUGCCACCAACUGGGCCGUCCUCUGGCGGCCAAUAAUUGACCGAUGAAAUAUUACUUUCUCUCAAAAUAUAUCCUUUCAUGACAUAGAUCGUUGAUAAUGCUUAAAGUCAAACGAUAUCGAUCU